AUGUCCCUGCAUCCAGAAUUUGCAGCAGCUUUCGCAGAGCUCCAGGCGCAUGCAGCUGCGGCUCAGGCAAACAACUCAACGGCAGCAGAGCCUGACUUGCUAUCGGAGCGAGCGCGGCUGGCACAGGCGGCUCGCCACCUCCAGGCGGUCUACGCAGGGGAUCUGCCUCCGGAGUCCACCUACACGUUUGAAGAUCAUAAGGUACUAGUCGAGAAUGGCGAGAUUAACGUGCGCGUUGUCGUGCCGACCUCCGAAGACAAGGAGAAGACGUUCCCCGUGUUAGUCUGGUUCCAUGGUGGAGGUUGGGUUGCCGGAGAUGUGUCGUUCGAUGACUAUCAGCUUCGAACCUUGUCGGUCGAGCUCCAGGUCGUCACAGUCAAUGUUGAAUACCGACUGGCUCCCGAGCAUCCGUUCCCUGUAUCCCUCAAUGAUUGCCUGGCAGCCCUCAAGUGGACUGUGGAGAACGCCGCCUCCAUCCACGUCGACCCGUCCAAGGGCUUCAUCAUCGGCGGCGACUCCGCAGGGGGCAACUUGACAGUGACUCUCGCUCACGUCGUUCGGGAUCACCCGUUCUUCAAGGACCACCCGCUCACAGGUCAAGUUCCCCGUGAGCCGAUGAUCAUCCAUCCGGAUACGUACCCAGAAGAGAUCAAGGCAGAGCUCUGCGCCAUGGAGGAGAAUCGUGCUAACCCGACUCUGACCAAAGAUCAGAUGCUGUUCUACGCAUCCCUAUACAACCCCCCUCGUUUCGACGACCCACGCGCCAUGCCCUACUUUUUCCCCUCGCACGCCGGCGUCGCCCCCGCGUACAUUCAGUACAACGAGCGCGAUCCCCUCCGGGACGACGCAGUCGUCCUCGAGAAGCUUCUCAAGCAGGCCGGUGUCAAGGUCAAGAUCACGAUGUACCCAGACCUCCCGCAUGCUUUCCACUACUUCGCGCCUCACCUCUUCAUCUCGAAGCAGGUAUUCCGGGACACGAUCGAGGGCGUCAAGUGGCUCUUGGCUGGUGCCCUCUGA